GGAGGCUUGGGUGGUCGGCGAAAGGGGCCAUUGCUAAAGUUGAGCGAUAUGAGUGGGAAUGCAACAGAGGACUCAAAGAGGAAGGGUCCAGGCUCGGCAGGGGCACAGCCACUUAACAGUGGGCCAGGUCGAAAGCUCGCGCCUCCAGGUCGCCUGGCAGUGGCAUCAAAAGGCGGCACGAUGAGUUCUGCUUUCUCCAGCUACUCGAAAAUUGUCGAUCCGUCUGGCCGACUGAACUUUGGCGGAAAAGCGAUUCUCCAUGCCUCUGGGGUUGAGUUUGGGAACGGAGUGACAUUCAAUAUCAACAUGGAUGAUCUUCAGUUGCUAGAUGAGUUAGGUCGUGGGAACUACGGAACUGUGCGGAAAGUCAGGCAUACACGUACCAAAGUUGAGAUGGCAAUGAAGGAGAUUCGCCUCGAACUCGAUGAUCCAAAAUUGAAAGCGAUCAUUACGGAGCUCGACAUCCUACAUCGAGCCACAGCACCGCAAAUUGUCGAGUUCUACGGUGCAUUCUUCAUCGAAGGGUGUGUCUAUUACUGCAUGGAGUACAUGAACCCCGGAAGUCUGGACAAGCUAUACUACGGAGAAGGAAGCGUACCGGAAGAUGUCUUGGCGAGAAUUGCAAACAACAUGGUUAAAGGGCUGCGGUUCCUGAAGGACAAACUGAAUAUCAUUCACCGAGACGUAAAACCGACAAACGUAUUAGUCAAUCGCAAAGGCGAGAUCAAGCUAUGCGAUUUUGGCGUGUCCGGUCAACUGGAAAAGAGUCUAGCAAAGACCAACAUUGGGUGUCAAAGCUAUAUGGCGCCCGAACGCAUCAAGGGCGAGUCCCAAAAUAACUUGGCGACCUACACAGUCGCAUCGGAUGUGUGGUCCCUGGGCCUUUCAAUAGUGGAGCUCACCAAGGGCGGCUACCCAUACCCCCCCGAGACAUACUCGAACGUAUUUGCGCAACUACAAGCCAUCGUACACGGCGACCCACCCACAUUACCGCUUGAGUAUUCGGAAACUGCCAAGGAUUUUGUCGCUCGCUGUCUCGAGAAAGUGCCAGGGCGAAGAGCCACUUACUCGGAGCUGCUCGAGCACCAGUUCCUUCGCGAUGACGUGAUGCGCGGCGACUUGGUCGACAUGGCUGCCUGGGUCGAGCGCUCCUUGGCUGAAAGAAGUAAAAUGAAAGAAGACGCACAAGUCAAGACGCCUGUAUGACUAUACAUAUUCUCAUCCUUCCAAGUAGUAACGAAUCAGAC